GACGGAUCCCACUGGCCUCCCUACCUUCCAGACUUGGGUCCGUGUGCAACUGAUCCAUAGACUAGGCUCGCUUCGGCUCUUCCCUUCGCAUUCGAAUACGGUGGUUGUUACUAAGAGGAUCCUACUCCUACACCACUUUUAAGUUUUUUUUACGAUCCGACCAGGUCGACUAAAUAAAUAAAAAUGCCUUUCAAGCCAGUCGAAAACCCAAAAUGCCCCAAAUGCCAAAAAUCCGUCUACGCCGCCGAGGAGCGUGUAGCUGGAGGUUACAAAUUCCACAAGACCUGCUUCAAAUGCGGCCUUUGUGGAAAAAUGUUGGACUCCACCAACGUAACCGAACACGAAGCCGAGUUGUACUGCAAGAACUGCCACGCCCGUAAAUACGGACCCAAAGGUUACGGAUUCGGUGGUGGUGCUGGCUGCCUCAGCAUGGACACCGGUGCCCAUUUAGCCGGAGAGGAUAUAGUGACGAGCCGAGCUCCGCUUUUACCAAAAGCCAUCGCCAAGGCACCUGAAGGUGAAGGAUGUCCGAAAUGUGGCGGUUACGUGUACGCUGCUGAACAAAUGCUUGCUAGGGGACGUGCGUUCCACAAAUCUUGCUUCAAAUGCGGAGAUUGCAAUAAAGGAUUAGAUUCUGUCAAUGUCACCGAGGGACCCGACAAGGACAUCUACUGUAAAGAGAAGCUUGAGAACGUCAGACGUAUCGUAGAGAGGCUCAGAACAAUUUGUUACGGAAAGAAGUUCGGCCCCAAAGGGUACGGCUACGGUCAGGGCGGCGGCACCCUCCAAAGCGACACCUUCUCUGUCAGUGGUCAAGCUCCGAGGAACACGGUCAUCGACACCGCCUGUAUUAAGGCUCCCCCCGGCCAAGGAUGCCCCCGUUGCGGAGGAGUCGUAUUCGCCGCCGAAGAGGUCCUUGCCAAGGGUCGCCCGUGGCAUCGCAAGUGUUUCAAGUGCAAAGACUGCACCAAAACUUUGGACUCGAUCAUCGCUUGUGACGGACCCGACAGCGACGUUUACUGCAAGACUUGCUACGGUAAAAAGUGGGGUCCUCACGGAUACGGUUUCGCUUGCGGAAGUGGUUUCUUGCAGACCGACGGGUUGACUGAAGAAGAGAUUUCCAAGUCUCGUCCCUUCUAUAACCCCGAUACCACCUCGAUCAAAGCCCCACCCGGUCAAGGUUGCCCCAGGUGUGGAGGAAUGGUCUUUGCUGCCGAGCAACAGCUGGCUAAAGGAACUAUGUGGCACAAGAAGUGCUUCAACUGUGCCGAAUGUCAUCGUCCGCUCGACUCUACGUUGGCAUGUGACGGACCGGACAAGGAGAUCCAUUGUCGCGCCUGCUACGCCAAACUUUUCGGACCUAAAGGUUUUGGAUUUGGACACACUCCCACCCUCGUGUCCACCGAUGGCGUGGCUCCGAUUAUCCACGAUGCCCGUCCCAACAGCGGACCGAGGGGCGCCCACGGACAAGGAUGCAAACGGUGCGGUUUCGCCGUAUUCGCUGCCGAACAGAUGGUCAGCAAAAGUGGAUUGUUCCAUAAGAGGUGCUUCAGUUGUGCCGAUUGCGGACGUUCGUUGGACUCGACCAAUCAAAACGACGCCCCCAACGGCGAGAUCUACUGUAGAGGAUGCUACGGUAGAAACUUUGGACCCAAGGGGGUCGGUUUCGGUAUGGGCGCCGGCACCCUUACAAUGGCCUAAUCUACUUAAUAUUAAAUCACCGCCAUAUACGAAUAUGCCGUCGGUGUCCAAUUUGACGCUGACCCGGACAUUACAGGCCUGGACGAAAUGACAUCUUUUAGUUACUAUGUCAGGGUUUCGUGUCAAAUUUGACACCGUUGGUAUGACGUGACGGUGAAGACCGCUGUAAUAUAUUAUCAUGUUAUCAAUCGUUACACUUUAACAGACAAGGAUAUCCCGAUAUGUAAUUUAAGCUUAAUUAUUGCGCAAUAAUCAAUUUAUUAUAUUAGAAUUAGCUUUAAUUAAGGGCAAAUUUUUGAAAGGUAUUUUUUUUUGGAAAAUAUUUUUUUAUAAUCUAUAUAUAUACAAUUCCGAGACUCAGAGGGAACAGAAGACUCAGACUGUCGGUUUCCGGACGCCGCAGUGUGUAUUAAAAGCAGAAUACGAACGACGCAGGUCGACCUGAGAACAAAAUAAUUGAACAAUUGUUAAUUUUUUUUUGUAUAUAUCUACACCGGCCAUAUGAAUGGUCUAAAUCGAACGGAUAUUUGCUUAGCGCUUCGCAACUUGUAUAACAACGUUUUUCGCUGUAUAUUAUCGACAUGGUUCUUUGUUCAGAUUAUAAAAUCUUACAAGAAAUAUUAAUAUAAAGCUACAACAUUUA